AUGGCGGCGCUGCCGCUGCUGCCCGGGGCUUCCUGCGCGCGCAACCUAGGGAAAGAGAAGUUUCACAAGUCUCAGCUCUGGGGUUACUGCAAUAAUGUUGCCAUGCUGGUUGGAGAAGAUAAACCUGGAAUAGGAGGUGAACCAUUGCCUGGACAGAAACUGAAGCCUAAACACAGUGUGUUUCCUAGGGAGGUUGGAAGCGAUGCUCCUGCUUGGGUAGCAUUUGACAAACAGGUGUUGUCUUUUGAUGCCUAUUUUGAGGAGGAAGUGCCUGACAAAAAUCAAGAGCUAUAUAGAAUAAGACAUUGUAAAAUAUACUUCUACCUUGAAGAUGAUACAAUCCAAGUGGUUGAACCCCAAGUGAAAAAUAGUGGCAUAACUCAAGGAACUAUCGUUCGACGUCACCGAAUUCCUCUUCCGCCUCCUAACGAAGAUCAGUUCUAUACUGUAGAUCAUUUCAACAUCAACAUAGAAGUAAUCCUUUAUGCCCGAAGAUAUAGAAUUGUAGACUGUGAUGAGUUCACCAAAAAUUUCCUGAGGAAGAUGGGAGUUAGAUUGAAUCCUCCGGCAUGUCGUCCAGAUGACCCCUACACCAAAGAGCGGCAAAAGAUCGUGGAUAACAUGAAGCCAUUGCGCCCUUAUGAACGCUUAGACACUUUGAGACAAUUUCUGGAGUAUGAUGGACAUGUUUUACGUUUCUUCUGUGUAUGGGAUGACCAAGAAUCUAUGUUUCAUGACACGCGAGAACUUGUCCUGCACUAUUAUCUGUCUGACGAUACUAUUGAAAUAAAAGAAAUCGUACCAGUAAACUCAGGCCGGGAUGCAGUUCCACUUUUUCUUAGAAGAGAUAAGCUACCAAAGUAUGCUCCCCCUGGGCUGUUUCAGCCAGGCACCAUCACCAGCCGCACUGUUCUCAAUGUGUUUGGAGGCUUAGUAGGAAACAAAGGCCGUUACAUUCUGGACAAUCGUAAGACAGGAGCGGUGCACCAGGAAUUUUACAAAGACUGUGACCUGACAAUAGGGGCAGUAAUUAAUGUUUGGGGAAGGAAGAUAAUACUUUGUGAUUGUGAUGAAUUUACUAAAGAGUAUUACAGGACAAAGUAUGGAAUCACGGAUUUUACCCCCAUUCCAUAUAAGGCUCCACCACCUCCAGAAAUAGAAAAGAAGCUUCCACCAUAUACAGGCUUUGGUUCUGAAGAGGAUUCACUGUGCUCCUGCCUGGGUCUGCUUCCCAAGCCUCCCCAGAAAGAUUUCAAGAAAUUCAUGGAGAAAGACAGAAAGGGUCUGGAAAGCAACAUACUGCGCUUUCUCGCAAAGCUUAUUACCGAUAACCCUAUUGACAAGGAGCGAAAAUUCAUUAUAUCCUAUUUUCUGAGUGAUGACACCAUUUCAGUUUUUGAACCUAUGCAGCGAAACACAGGGAUACUUGGAGGGAAGUUCUUGGAAAGAAGUCGCAUUAAGAAGCCUGGGCAGGAGCUUUUCAAGAGCGAGCCAUCUGAAUACUUCAAGGCGCAGAAUCUGUUUGUUGGAGCCAGAGUUUGUUUCCAUGGACACAACUUUCUCUUGGUGGAUGCUGAUGAAUAUGCUUUCAACUACAUGGAGAAGCAUGCAAAUGAGUUCUCCAUGGCUGAUAUCAGUGUCAUCCUCAAGAAGCUGAAAGCUGUAGCAGAGCCUUGUUCCCGAGAGGUCAAGCAGAUGUUUGCAGCCGCUGAUCCUGACCAUACCAAGGUGAUCGAGUACGACUCCUUCAGGAAUUUGAUAGUGAAUAUCACUAAUGGAGCACUGUCAGAACAUGAGAUUAUGACUCUUGGCCGCUGUUACAGCCUGAGGGAGGACUCUGAGAUGGAUGUCCACUUCCUCCUUGCAGUGGCUCAAGAACAAUUAAAGAAGAAGAGUUUUGAGAAUUUUGGACAACUCUCUGCUGUGUUUGUAUACAAUGACCAUGAAAAAUGUGGAGUGCUGCCCCAUGAGACGUGCAGGACUAUUUGCAAGUCCUUCAGGUUGCCACUGGCUGAUGAUCUUCUGCAAGCUUUGCUGAACAUAUUUGAAGAUGGUCGUGAGAAAGUGGAGUAUAAGAAGCUUGUGGAUGGGCUGAACUGGAGAGAGAAUCAAAUCCCUGCCUUCCAGACAAUAAAGGUUCCACUCAAGUAUGAAGAUGACUGGAGUGGACAGCUACCAUCCCUUCCUGUGAAAAGGAUCAAAUACUUAACUCUUCUGGAGGAUUUGUUUGGCAAGGAAGAGUAAUCUGAUCUAUGCAAGUCAUUGCUUUUGGACUGGUGUUUCAGCUCCAAAGCUCACUUGGGCAGAUACUGGAGAGAUUUAUUAGAAAAUUAAAAAAAUCAAAGAUGUACCUUUCAUUGAAUUUGAUUUCUUAUUCUAACAUUGCUAUAGCAUUCAUGUAAAACCUUCACAGUACUGCUCCAUACAAACAAAAUUAAAAUUAUAGCCUCUACUCUUAGUGUUUGGCCAUAUGAAGAAUGUACAAGUGCUAAGCAACCUUUAAGUCAAAACCAGCAAAACAUUACUGACCCUGCUUUGUUCCACAGACAAGAAAGGUAGUUUCAUGACCUCUUACAAUUUUGUCGGCCUGUAUUAUCACAAUAAGGUAGUUCUGUUAUACU